UUCUCAUUAGUUUUAGAUCUAGCAGGGAUACCUGUAACCUUUUCCCCUUUCAUGUCAUUUACAUAUUCAAAUAAUGUGGUUGUGUUGUGUAUGUAUGCCAGUAUUUCAUUAUUACAUUCGGGGGAAUGGCUGGGAGCUAACUUAGAGGAUUCAUACGUCUGGUGGAAUUAAAAUCAUUCAAGAUCGAUCUAAGGAAGGGUUACGACGGAACCAGUUCUUUGCAUCAAGAGCGUCCCACAAACCUCUCACAAGACGUGGCGGAGAUAUAACCACAGGUGUUAUAUUGCAGGUGCAGCAUGCAACAUCUGCUACUAGUAUUAUUACUGGUGUGUGGCCUCUCCAUCACCGGGUCAUCAAUGACACAGGGGUCGCAGAGGUACCCACACUUCCACGCAUCAGACCAGGCUGCAGUUAAGACAACAGUGACAGUGCCUAAUAGUAGCAGCAGCAGUGAUGAUGAAAUGGACAUAUAUAGGAGUACAAGAACAACUUUACGAAGACACACACAUAACCUGUUGAGUAAUAAUAUCCAACCACUGCUGAGAAAUUGUGAUUCCUACCUAGAGUGGUAUUCUGCAUUUGUCACCUCACACACUCUGGCCCACACACACCAAUAUUCUCCAUCAGUCCUGUUGUAUGAUCCUACAUUAUCACAGAUGGAUACUUCCAGUACUAUUAUGUAUUCUUCCCAAGGCAAUAGAGAACCACUGGAUGGUUCGCUGUGUCCUCUAGAGUAUGCUCAUGUUUUUUUGUAUCCCCUACUGUGCAAUACCAGAAUGAUAGCCUGUAUGAUGAAUGCAACAAAAAAGAAGGAAAAUGGAAAAAUACCAAGUAUGAAAUCAAUGAAGACAUUAAUAAAAAACAGGCAAUACAUAAUGGAGGACUUAAUUAGGAAAAAUAUUAAGGCAAGUGACACAAGGUUUGCAAUGGUGAAAAAUGCAGGAAAAAGAAACAAGUUAAAGGUGCAACACAAUGCAAAGACUCAUACGUGUAUGCAUAAGGAUGCUAUGCAAGAAACAAGAAUGUCAAAGCAAUUUCAAGCAAAGGAGCAGUCAUCUAGUCCAACAUUAGCAAGCAAACUCUUGAAGCUAAGUGUUACUUCCACAUCCUUACUUAGUAACAGGUCUAGAUUUAUGUUUGCACACAUUAACAAUAAGAAAUCUGCACAGAUACAUAUGUCAGAGAAAGAGAGGGAGGUAGAAUCUAAAAUAGCUUUACCAACAGCAGCAGUCCCAGAGGAGAAAGCUCUCCCUUCUGUCCCAGUGGUGAUCACUACACCUCUGUUUUUACUUAGGAAGGUCAUCAGGAAAGAGGAUAGCUAUGGUAGAGCCUCAGUGAGAGAGAGGCAAAUAACAAAGCGUCAUAACAAAGUGUCAGAUCACUGGACUUAUGGACGAUUCUUGGUAUCACCCCAACAGCAACAGCCUAGCCUUCUCCCACACACAGGCCUUCCAAGCAUUGGUAACACCACACUGAAUCACACAAACUCUUUCCCAUCAAAUUGUUCAGUGGGUAAGGUAUCCUUGUCACUUCUACCAUACUUCAGUGAGGAACCUCACCAUCAUCGUCCAUUGUCACAUUCUGCUAGAGUGCCACUGCUACUAGUGUCUUCACCACCACUGUCACACCUGAAUCAAACACAGACAUACAUUUUUUCCAACAGGAAAUAUCCUAAAGUUGAAAAAUACAAAAUAAAUAAAGCUUAUUUGCAUCUUAAAGACUCACCAGCAUCCAAGAAUAAAGAAAAAAAAAAGGCACACACUCUUGUUCAUCUUCUGCAGAGACCUGCUAAGAAAACUCACAAACCACACCAGAAUGGUGUCCCACUCACAACCUACAGAGAAGAGUCAAGAGGGUGUGGCACUUUGCGAGGCAAAUGGUCAUCAACAUUCCUUCCUAUGGGUCCAAAACGGUACCCUUUUCAACCAGCAAUUACUGACCUGUGA